CAAUCUUCCUGCUGUAGACUGUGUAUAUAAGCAGAUGUUGGUGUCUUGUUAAAGCACGAUUCAGUCUCUUCCAAGCAGAUCUACUUGCCUUGUUUUUUGAGACGGUCAUCUUUCCGUAGUCUAAACAUCUUGACAAUGUACAAAUCUGUGCUCGCCGUUCUUCUCUUGGUCGCCAUGGCCAACGCCUACGGAUAUGGUGGAUUCGGUGGAUUCGGUGGAGGCUACGGUGGAUUCGGAGGUCUCGGUGGAUUCGGCGGUCUUGGAGGAGGCUGGGGUGUGGGAGGAGGCUUUGGUGGCCUUGGAGGCUGGGGCGGUCUCGGUGGAUGGGGAGGUCACGGUGGAUAUGGAGGUUACGGCUACGGAAAACUUCUCAUUCCCAUUGGAGGCUACUAUGGCGGCAAAGGCAACUACUACUACUAGACGAGGCUAUGGUGUGAAGCUGAUGUAUCUAGUUACAGUUGUCUAGUGCAAUUAAUAUCUAAUGUACACACAAAGUAUUGAAAUAAAUAAAAUCCGUAUCAAAAGA